AUGGCAGAGGCAGCCGGUCUUGUUGUUGGCGUCGUCGCUCUUGCUGGCCUCUUCAACAACACAGUCGAGUGCUUCGAGUUCGUCCAGCUCGGCCGCACAUUUGGAAAAGACUUCCAGACAAGUCAGCUCAAGCUCGACAGCGCAAGACUCCGCCUGUCGCGGUGGGGCAAGUCUCUGAGUCUAGACAAUGAUGUCCGAGACACGGCAUCGCUUCAGGGGCGUUUUGGUUCGGAGGCAAACGUCAAGCACGCCGAAGCCUUGCUGGGCCAGAUCGUAGAACUGUUCGCGGAAGCUGAAGGCGUGUCGAACAGAUACAGGGGCCGGACGGAGCCCCAGGACAACAGUCUUGCAGUAUACGAUCCGCAAACCGACCUGGAUCCGGCGAUGGCGAAGCUCCACGAGAAAAUGCGCCAGCUAGCCAUCGAGCGCCAGAACCGGUCUGGCGUACGGCAAAAGGCCAGGUGGGCAUUGUAUCAAGAGAAGCAGUUUAGACGACUGAUCGAGGACAUCACCGAGUUGGUUAACGACUUGGACAACCUGUUCCCCGCCACUCAGCAGUCCCAGCGUGAGCUCUGCGACAUCGAAGUCUCUGCUAUUGGAGAAGGUCAAGACAUCUCCGUGUUAAGAGAAAUUGCCGCUGCCCAGGACAAGUUGUUAGAGCAGGCUAUCACGAAGGCUGCGGAGAGUGCUGAGAAGUCGCACCACAUCGUCUUUUCGGGCAGUGGAAAUACGGGCCUUCAGCUGGGCCACAACUCGGACCUCGUCGUCCCGACCGCUAACGAGGUGGGAUCCUCCUCCCAGAGCGAUGUACCACUAACACCCGUAACUCCUGUGACACCGGUGACGGCAGAGGGCUUGACAGUGUUACAUGACCUGAUCAAACGCGAUACUGGUGCGUCUGACGAGGUGAGCAAACAACGCCUGGAGAGGCGUGUACAGAAGCUUGUGAGUGCCGCCAAGAUAUCUGUUGCCAAACAGAGCCUCCUCCAGGACCACAAUCGCCUGCUGUGCAACAUCAACAACGAAGCCACGGUCCGCCGAACGACGCGCUCCUUAGUGCUAAGCGACGGAAAGGGAGAGGGCAAGGUGAUGCGCUGGGAGGACCUCGAAAGGGCACGAGCGGAACGCGCUGCUAGAGAGAUGGCCGCCAAGAAGAAGGGCAAAGGAAAGCGCGGUCGAAAGCGCAAGACACCUGCACAAGAAGUAGAGGAAGAAACGAUGCCUCUGGAGGUAGAAGCGGGCCCGUCAAGACCAAGGGAAAAAGCGUCGAAAAAGAGCAGAGUCCAGGAGCCUGCGCCAUGGAGGGCACCAGUGGCGAUGAUGUAUUGA